UGCACCCCAUCCCGAAUCCAUCGCGAUGUGAGCUCGGUUCAUCUGCUCCUCCUGGGGAGCUUCCAUUACCUUCUGAUACUUCAAAAUAACCCCAUCCGCCAUGGCAGGCGACGACGCGAGCCCCCCAGCGCCCACGGACGCGCAAACGCCUUCCGAAACCGCGAAAGGCCGCCUCGCCCAAGUCUCCGAUCACAUCGCACCCAACGCGCAGAAGAAGCGGCGAAGAAGCGGCGCGGAUUCUGAUCUCCCCGCCGACUACUCCGACAUCCUUGGCCAGCUCUCAGCGCUCCGCAAGCUUGCCGCAACACCCGAUCCGAACAACAGGGGAUAUGUGCGCCAGAAGCAGGCAGGGAAGCUUUGGGUGCGGGAACGGGUAGAGCAGCUACUCGACCCGGGGAGCUUUCAGGAGGUUGGCAGCGUCAGUGGGACGGUGAAGUGGAAGCAGCUGGGCCCCGUCAAGGAGGAGCCCGUAGAGUAUGUGCCGUCGAACAAUGUACAAGGCUUUGGGAGGCUGAGGGGACGGAAGAUUGUGUUUACGGCGGAUGAUUUCUCCAUCAGAGCUGGUCAUGCAGAUGGGGCAUUGAUGGAUAAGACGAUAUACAUGGAGAAGCUCUCAAUAGCCCUGCAGAUACCAAUCAUCAAGCUGGUUGAUGGCUCAUCGGGCGGAGGCUCUGUAACGACUAUACGCACAACAGGCUUCUCCUAUGUCCCUCCACUACCCUCGUUCACCCAGGUCGUCCAGCAGCUCAACAUGGGCAUUCCAAACCUAGGCGCCGUGCUGGGCCCAGCCAUUGGCCUUGGAGCAGCACGCGUCGUCGCAUGCCAUUUUUCCGUUAUGGCUGCGGAUAUCGGGUCUCUAUUCAACGCUGGACCUAACGUCGUCAAGAACGCAACCUUCGAGGAAGGGCUGUCCUUCACAGAUCUCGGAGGCCCAGCAAUGCAUUGCACAAACGGUACCAUCGACAAUCUUGCUCCGGAUGAAGCGGCCUGUUUCGAGCAGAUGCGAACAGUGCUUAGCUAUCUCCCGGACUCAGGUACGAAGCUUCCUCCGACAAUUGAAUGCUCCGACGCUAUAGAUCGCAUGUCCGAUUCCUUACGCUCUAUCGUUCCACGAGCUAGGAACAGGAUGUAUGAUCCCCGCAGGAUCAUAACAGAGGUGGUUGACCAAGGUUCAUUCUUCGAGAUCGGCGCGCUCUGGGGAACGACAGCUAUCGUUGGCCUAGCACGUUUCGAUGGUCGACCCGUCGGAAUCGUGUCGCUCAACUGCGAGGUCAAUGCCGGCGCGCUCGAUGCUCUAGGCUCUCAGAAGAUUACACGAAUGCUGAGGUUCCUGGACGUAUUCAAUCUCCCUCUCGUGCAGUUUGUGGAUGUACCGGGAUACGCUAUUGGCACUGUCGCUGAACGCACCGCGACUAUGCGGCACGGUGUCACCCUCGCGACCACGUACUACAGCACUACCAUGCCUAUAUUCUCCGUCAUUGUACGCCGCGUCUACGGCGUAGCGGGAGGUAUCAUGCUCGAUUGCCGUGACCCACGAAUGCGCGUCGCUUGGCCAAGUGGCAUGUGGGGUUCGCUUCCCCUAGAAGGCGGCAUCGAAGUCGGGCAUUCGUUCGAGCUUAAAGAGAUUGAGAAGGAAGAAGGAAAGGGGAAGCGGGAUGAAAGGUAUAAAGAGUUGGAAGAUGAGUAUAGGCGGUUGAUGAACCCUGUGCGGACAGCGAACCAUUUCGGCGUCGAAGAGAUCAUUGAUCCGGCGUAUACGAGGAGGGUGUGUUGUGAGUGGGUUAGCCAUGUGUAUGAGAGUCUGUUGCCGCAGAGGGUUAUGGAAAGGGUUGCCGGGAAGAUUAGGCCCGUGUUUGCUUAAGCUGUAGGUUCGCAUCCCCACAUCCGCAAUGCCGUCCGCAUCGGACGUCCGACAAUGUAUCCCAGGAUGAACCCGUUAUUCCAGGAACUUCUCCCGAUGCCGUUCGCAC